ACAGUAUGGCCGGCGAUAUUAGCUAGCGCUCGCUGAAGGGGUUCUCUGUUGAAGGGAAGACGGAAACUCAAGAAAAAUCAACACUCGGAUUUGUUUUCAAGGACUGUACCUGAAUAAAUCACAACCAAAACCGAGGACGAAGGAUUAAUUAAGCCGUAGACUUCACAGCCGAGGUUUAGUUUAAUUCCGUGGGGACUGUCUUGUCUCGUCUCUGCUAUGGAGGAUAACGGUGCACAUUUCUUCGAGGGGACCGAGAAGCUGCUGGAGGUGUGGUUCUCCCGGCAGGACGACGCCAAGGGGACCGGGGACCUCCGCACCAUCCCGAGGUUUGAGUGGGACAAACUCUUGGAGAAUGUGCAUUGUUUGAUCAUAAGUGUGACGAAGACGGACAAGCAGGAAGCUUAUAUACUCAGUGAGAGUAGCAUGUUUGUCUCCAAGAGACGUUUCAUUUUGAAGACGUGUGGAACCACCCUCUUACUGCAAGCACUGGUGCCGCUGCUGGAGCUGGCCCGGGAGUACUGCGGCUUCGACGCCAUCGAGAACUUCUUCUACUCCCGCAAGAACUUCAUGAAGCCAACCCAGCAGGAGUUCCCUCAUCGCAACUUCCAGGAGGAAGUGGACUUCCUCAGCCAGAUUUUCCCAAAUGGUGCAGCCUACUGCAUGGGACGUCUGAACUCUGACUGCUGGUAUCUGUUCACCCUGGAUCUGCCGGAGUUCUGGGAGAACAAGAGCGCAGAUCAGACGCUGGAAGUUCUGAUGAGCGACCUCGACCCAGCCAUUAUGGACCAGUUCUACAUGAAAGAUGGUGUUUCUGCAAGUGAGGUCACUCGUAUGAGUGGAAUUCGUGACCUGAUACCAGGUUCUGUGAUCGACGCCACAAUGUUCAACCCUUGCGGAUACUCAAUGAAUGGAAUGAAGACUGACGGAACUUACUGGACCAUCCACAUCACUCCAGAGCCCGAGUUCUCCUACGUCAGCUUUGAAACCAACCUCUCCCAGACGUCGUACGACGACCUCAUCAGGAAGGUUGUGGACGUGUUCAAGCCGGGGAAGUUCGUGACGACUCUCUUUGUCAAUCAGAGCUCCAAAUGUCGCAGCGUCUUCACCUCCCCCCAGAAACUCGAGGGCUACCGGCGUCUCGACCGCCAGCUGGCUCAAUUCAACGAUUACAACUUUGUUUUUACAAGCUACGCCAGGAGCCGCCAGCAGAACCAGCAGAGCUGAGGGUCCAUGAAGAAGAGGCGUAAAAAGAAAGGCGGCCCCCGGGGGCCCCGCGACCCGUCGUCUUCCUCUCACCUCUUCUGCUCCAGUUUAAGCUCCAGUUUGAGUUGUUUGCAUUGUUGUUCCCGUGACUUAGAUCUCCUGCAUGAAAGCUCUUCUCUCUGUCUCGAUAUUCUAGCUCACUCUUGCUGUGAUCUUGAGGUGCAUGUAGAAGAACCGAGGCCGCCCCGCUCUGGGCGCUCCGCCUUCCUGCAGGUGUCCCCCCGCAUCCCCCACAGACAAGGCUUCCGCCCACACUAGGCCGGGGCCCUGACGUGCUCAGAUCUGUCGGCCUGUUGGACCCACCCACCCCCGAGUCCCCCACCUGUCGCACUUUAAGAGAACCGGCGCUCCGAACGCACUUCCUUCGCUGUUCGUAGGUUUGAUUGAGGGUCGGCAUUCGACGGGUCCGUGUGCGUUUUGUGCACUUUGCUUGCUGUAACCAUGACUACGUGCUUGCUGUAACCAUGACUACGGCGGUACAUCUCCGCUCCACCCGUAAGGUUUAAACUUGAACGGUUCCGGAUGGGGGUUCUGGGCCGCUCCAUUGUUUGCAGCACAGCACUCACAUUUCCCACGUUCUCAUGAAUUGGUUGGAUGGGAUCCUGAAGGCAGCACGGUUAGAGGGCCGACACCGCCCUCUGCUGGCCGUUAACGGCUCGGCACCCCCACCCCCCCGCCCCACCCGGACCUGGGAGCCAGCCCUCCCGCCACUCGUGCUGCCAGCUCUCAAUGGGGAACUGGUGAAUCAGACACUUUGCUGAGUUGCCCAGCCAAGCAUUUUUGUUUUCCUCCACAUAAUAUCAGCCUCUGUCUCUUUCCGCCGCACACAGGCGCGCCGCAACAAUAGCGGCCCACGGGUCUGAGCAUGCCAGGGGGGUCCCGGAUCAUUCCACGCGGAACUGCUGCCUCAACUGCCGUUUUAUUAAAUUUAUGGUGCCCUCAUCUUUUCUGCAGUGACUCGCUUGGAAAUAUGACUCCCCCGGCAGUUUUUCUUUGUCUGGGUCGGUGCCCUUUGUUGGGGUGGGGGGGUCAUGUGACACCGGUGUGUGUGCGCCCGUGCAGCGCGGCGCCUCCUUGUCCUCCGUCUCCUCCAUCUUCCUCUGACGCAGCAGGAACCUGCUGGAGCGGGGGGCGGGUUCUCUUCCCGGGUCGCCCCCUCGGUUCAUCCCACAGGGGGGUUUCCUGGCGCGGGGGCCGGCAGGGGCCGGCGGGGGCUGGGACCAAUCCCUGCUUCAACGCGCCCACACCUCUCAUCCGGUUCUGCUCAGAAACCCCUCGUUCGGUCCCGCCGUCGUCGGACUGUUACAUUUUGAAGUUUGUCCGUGUGGGUCGUUUUUUAUUUUUAUACCGUGAACUCCAAACAGUGUUGCAGUUGAAUAGAUAAAGUUUUAUACUGAAUACUUUGAACUUCUGCUGAGGACCAAUAUUUAUUUAUUUCUGUUCACUCCCUUGGUGUCUGUUAGCGGGGUGGGGGGGCGCAGGGGAGCACCACGGUUACGGGGGGGGGCGGCUGCAGCAGGUCGGGGUUCUGGAGCAGGCGGGCCUCGGUUCUAACUUUCUUUGCUGUUCUUUGGAAGGUCGAGAUGUGCUGAUUAUAUCUGUGCUUUGAGCUUGAAGCUUCAAUAAAAACACUUGAGUGUC